GAUACCGCGCGGCAAUUCAUACAUACAUCUAGUGCCGAGGAGAAAUAUAAGUUCUUUAUGAAGGGUACACAGCUCACGCAAUUAAGUGAAGAUUACGAAUUAAUUCGCGAGAGCAUUGAAUCUAUUCAUAAUAUUAUGAAGAGAAAGAAGGAACUGUUACCUGAACUUCUCAAAGAAGCAAAGGAUGCCGAAAUGAAAUAUAAGGAGAUGCAAAAGGCUAGAGAAUUGGAGGUGACUGUUCCACGGUUAAAGAAUGAAAUGGCCUGGGCACAAGUUGAUGAAAUUGAAGAUCAAGUAGAAGAAGCUGCAAGACAAGUCGACAGAGCGAAAUUACGUCUACCUGCUGUCGAGGUAGAAUUAACAAAAGCCACCGCCGAUCUCCAAGAGGUCAAUGAAGCCAUUAGUGGAUUAGAACGACAAAUUCAUGAACAAGCAGAAGCAGCGCAACCGCUUCAGGAUAAAAAGAAAGAAAUAGCUGAUGCGAUAAAAGAGAAUAGACGUCAGCUGCAGAGUAUUCAG